AAUAAAAUUCAUCUUCUGUACUGUGGUGGAGAACAUUUGCCAUAACAAUUGGCAAGAGAGUGAAAUGAUAUAAAUUACAGGAUUGCCGCGUCUUCUGGUGCAAACUGCAAAGAUGAAAUAUGAGUGAGGAUGAGACAUAGAGAGAGAGAGAGAGAGAGAGAACAACCCCACUUUCUUGCUUCAGUUACACAGUUAUUAUGGCUCUGCCAACCCAGGUUGGCUUGGGAUUGCUUCUUUGCCCACUUGGAUCCAAUAUCAUUGUCCGGACAGCAAGUUGUUCUAUUGGGAUUGCUUUACCUGUUUACAAAACAUUUAAAGCUAUUGAGGAGAAAGAUCAAGAUGAGCAACAACGGUGGCUUCUCUAUUGGGCAGCUUAUGGAUCUUUUAGUCUCGCAGAGGUGUUUGCAGAUAAACUUCUCUCUUGGUUUCCACUCUACUACCAUGUGAAGUUUGCAUUUCUUGUUUGGCUACAGCUUCCAUCUGCCAAUGGAGCAAAAGAUUUGUAUAUGAGCCAUCUUCGUCCAUUCCUACUUAAGCACCAAGCUAUACUUGAUCAAAUUGUGGAUUUUAUAUACAGUCAAUUGAGUAAAUUUGUCAGUGCACACCAAGCAAAAAUCCAGUUUGCAAAGGCAAUUUCUUUGGAGAUUUUGACAUCAGCAUACCAAUUUGUCAGGGGCACGAUGCACCCAAUGCAAAAGCAACCAAAUCCAAAUGCAGCGAUUGAAGGCCCACCGAGAUGAAUUGAGGAGCUAGAGUCUGAUAAGGAGGAUUGAUGUUUUUUUUUUCUUUUCCUAAUAAACAUUGAUUCCCCAAACUCUCCCAUAAAUCUAUUUGUUUCAUAGAUUAAAGAAUUAGCAUUUUCUAAAUUCCGAUGAGCUAUAUAGCCCUCAAGUAUUGUGCUUCUAUGAACUAUAUACCCUUACAAGUUUGUGCGUGCUUCAAGAGUUCGGGAUCAAGAUAUGUGUACUUUUUUUCCUCCACCUCACCAUAUUUCUUGGUUUUACUUGGUGUUGUUCAAAAGAAACCUUAUCCAUAAAUUAUUUUCAGUUUUAUCGAUGGCCUUCAAGGUAUUUUUUCGUUAA